UGAGUAGCGGUGCAAAUAAGUUCAUAUUUCAUUCACUUGGAAAGUCUAAUAACUAAAAAUGGCAACAAGUUCUUCGCAAACAACUGCUUCACAGCGUAAUUUAAGUGAAUUGAAAAGUCAUCAAUACGAAAUACAAAAUUUUGUGAAGAUCAGCCAAUAAGUCGAGUUCCUCAAUUUUGAUGUGGAGAAUUGCAAUGUCUUCUCGAAUCGGACAAUUUGAAUAUAACCUGUGAGAAAGAUGUCUAUGGUGCCAUAACUCGUUGGUUUAAUCACGAUGUUUCUGCGCGUCAACAACACCUCCCUCGUUUAGUCGCUUGCCUGCGGAUCACGCAAUUCGAUGUGGACUUCCUCUUGACUCACAUUCAGUCAUUACCUGGCUGUGAGCUGUUGGCCUUCAUGGCGUCUACGUGGAUAAGGGAUCCCACAGCCCGAUCUAAGAUAAAUAUCCGAUUUACAGAACCACGUGUAGGGUUCGGUGCUGGAAAUUGUGCUGAGAAAACAUUACUGGCUAUUCAUAGAGAUGUUCACGCGAAGAACCCAUGCGUACUUCAAAAUGAUAAAGCGUGGAUAAGGGAUCCCACAGCACAGUCUAAGAUAAAUAUCCGAUUUACAGAACCACAUGUAGGGCUCGCUGCUAAUAAUUGUGAUGAGAAAACAUUGCUGAUAGUUUUCAAAGAGGUUAAUACGACGAAGCCAUGCUUCCUUCAAUAUAAAAAAGCUGAGGACAAAUGGCAAAAAUAUGAGGAUCUAGAUGUCGAUUAUGUGAACCCUAGUACGAUUUUAAAAGAUGACAAUUUGGUUACACACCAUCCAAAAGAUUUCUUAGCUGGAAUAUAAAAAAUAAAACAUGGCAAGAAUUGCCAGAAAUGAAUCAAGCAAGAUGCGACCAUAGUGUUGUCGAAUUAGAUGGAAAAAUUUACGCGAUUGGUGGCAUUGGUGGUAUUGGUGAGAAAAAUACUGUUCUGCAGUCAGUUGAAAGGUAAGUAUGUAUGAAUCUAGU